GGAUAUCGUCCAUCUUUAGGGUGUUAUUAAAUGUGAACAAAAACCGAAAAAGGUAUCAAUAAUCUCUAGCGUAUAUCUGCAUUAGUGUUUAUUUAUGCAUUUUUUAAGUAUUUAUAAGUGUAAAGAUGAAGAUUUGUGAUUUGCAUAACAAUAGAGCCACAGCAAUAUGUGCUGAAGGCAGAGCCUCAGUAAUGGACUCAUUUUUGCAACCGCAAUUAAGAAGCCAAUUCGCCGAUGAAGUGAAACAAAAGCAGGCCAUUACAGAUCAGCUAAUUAACAAAAUUCUCUACUCCAAGCGUUUGCUUGUCGACCAUGUAGAAGCUUUGGAACAGUGUUUGCGGCAUGUAAAGCAGGCUCCAGACCAAACGGACUCAAACAGCGCUGGCACUGCUGCCAUAACCGGUGAAAAUGUCAGAUACAUGAAGUCAAAUGGGGAAAUAUUUACUGCGCGCAAUACCUGCAUAUUGUUAGGUACCACCCUACUGGAACAUUUCGUUACGCCAAAAGCGUUACGAUUAACAUUGGUGCCGUCAUUGCUGCUGACGGCAGGAUUUAGUGCUAUUUACAUGGUUAAAAAUAUAUUUAUUUUUCGUAAUAAGAUUGUCGAGAGUGAGUUGAACAGCUUGAUACGCACAAUUGACGAAUUCGGGAACUGCAUACGCCGCAAUAUGACUUAUUUCAAUGAAAUUCUAAUUAUGAAGCAACAGGAGUUGAUCGAAUCUCGUCAAAUAGAGCGCGCCUGGGACUGCAUCACAUCCGCAAAGGAAGUCACAGAGAUAUUGUACGAUGCAACACGCAAAUUGGAAGCACAGUAUCCCUUGCCUGCGCGCUUCUCACAGUAUUACUCACCCAUGGAAGAGUUGCGUGAGUGUGAAUAUUUCAAAAACAACGUCACCGACUAUAGUCCAAAGCACAUCAAAGAUUUCCACAACAUAUUUGCAUAUGUGCAAUCACAAUUCUUGCUACGCCUUGCCUUUACGCUCUCAACAAAGCCUUCGAUUAGCGAGCUAAACGCUGAGCUGGUUAAAGUCGAUUGUCUUAUUCAGCAACUAGUGCAGGAAGAAGAGAAUCACUUCAAAAAUUUGGCUAUUGAACUGAACAAAAAUAAGCAGCUAGAAUUAGAAGCAUUAAAUGCAACUAAGGUGAUGCAAAAUCGCAGCAGUCCCGUCGCGGUGCUGCAAGACUCUUCGCUCAAACUAAGCGCUUGUAUGGUAGCUGUUGCUGGCGAAUGCCAAGCGCUGGAUAUAACAUUGCAGCGGCUCACUGAAGCUGAAGCAGAACAAAAAGACAAUGCCAAGCAGCUACUUCAAGUAGCGAAUAAUAUGCGCAGCAUCGAAAGCGCUUUAUCCGUGUGCUUUGACGACUUCCAACGACUUAUGUUGGUCUACAAUAAAUUUUUGAAUAGCAAAUUAAGUAAUCAAGAAAACUCAACUGCGAUUGUAGACGGUGAAAAAACGGAUGCGGCCAGUGAUGAGUAUCCUGAAAGCUUUUUGCGCGUCGAAAUUUCACCAAAUCCUAAUGAUGCAGACAAGCGUGAUGACUUUUAUGCGUAUAUGUACGACGAACAACAGGCGCAGGCUGAGAAAGAGCAACAGCAAGCUGAUACAAAAGCACAGAGGGACUGCGACAUGGAGAUUCUCAACUUUGAAAAACGCAUAACCAAAGGAAAAUUUCGUCCGGUCUUAAAACAAUUGAAGGAUCGUAUUGAUCCAAUACGGCAUGAAAUGCUAGAGAAAGAACGUCAAGUACUAGCCGCCAAAGGUAUUAACGUUGAUGACUUCUUUGGCAAAAAAGAUAAUACAACGGAUUUAUUAGAGGCAGAUAAGAAGGCGGAAAAAAUAAACAACACUAAUAUGGAACAAAAUGAUGAUAGCGAUAGCGAGGGAUCAGCUGAUUUAGAAUUUCAACGCAGCAAUAAGAAAUUAAAAGAGCGUGAUAACUUUGCUGAAAUGCGCAAUUUUCUGGCACAAAAGCAAGCAAUCAAUAUAUUUAACUUGGAUGACACAGCGCCAAGAACAACAAUGGGCGAUGAAGAAGUAUUGGAGAGUGAAUGUUAGGUGGGAAAUAUACAGGGUUGGGCAUGGUGCACUAAAUAAUUAAUGCAAUGAGCGAAUAGUCAAAACACAGAAAAAUAGUGAUAAUGAAGACCAUAUUUUAAUUAACAUUAAAUAAUUGGCGGCAGUGCAGUUUUUAUGGCAGUGCAAAUACCCAACCUUGGAAAUAUAUUUAGGGAGGAGUGGUGAAGGUUGCACAGCGAAACUUAAGUAACUAUAAUUUGAUUUGGCAUGACGUACAACAGCCAUAUAAGAUCAUAAUUAGGAGAUUAUUUUAAUUUGCAAUUUAUCUAAUUUUAUUAUUAUUGCUUUGUUGAUAUUUCUAAAUGCGGGCACAUGUACGUAUGUAUGUUAGAUAACUCCAGCAGUUACUUAAUUUAGUUGUAAAUAUGUACAGUCUGCCUUUGAUUGCUGCACAAGCAUUUGCAAAACCUUAUUUAAUUGUUAUAUUUCCGAAUUAUUGCACUAUCCAAAAAUUAUACUACUUAAAAGAUGAUAUUUUAAAAAAAGUUUCAUUUGCGCUAGACUUUGCACAAACGCUAGUUUACACCCACACGCAGAAAUAUAAAAUUGUAAGCCUACUAAGGGUUAAUCUUGGUGUGAGAUAAAGGGGAUGCAUAGAAAAAACACCUUUGUAGCAUAAUUUCGCAAACGCAGUUUCAUACACGCAUUAUAAUUAAUUUAAAAAAUUAGCAGCAAACAAAAAAUUGGCGUUUAAAAAAUUCGCAACAAACAAAAAAGUGUUUAUCUCAUUUGUAUAUGUGCAUAAGUAUGUUUGUAAGUAAUUUUAUAAACCUUACCGAUUCGCUGCCACUUUAUCAUCCUUUUUUGCCUGGUGCGCUUUUAUCUGUAAAAUUAUAGCUUUAAAAUAUUGCUCUUAUUGCUGGUUGUUACUUUAUUUAUUAUUUACUUUUAUUUUAAACUUCCAUUGUGCAUUGCAGGUUUGCGCUGCAAGCAUAUAUGUAUACAUAUUUGUGCAUACAUUUGUAAAUAUGUAUGUGCAUGAUUAUAUGUAUUUGCACUAAAAACUAUUGUUGCUAUUUGCUCGGCAUUCAACUCUUCCCAUACUCGUACACUUUUGGGUUCCAAGGAUUGUAGGGACAAAGUUUGGUUGGAUGUGCAUCUGUAUGUGCAUACAUGCAUGUAAAUUCGGGUUGUUGCUGUUGUAACAAAACAAACAUUUCUAUAAAUAGCGCAUAUUUCGAAAAUGUUAUAUUUUCCGUGCUUAGAUAAUCGAGCUUUCGUAAAUAAACAGCGAGAUUACCCAUAAAAGAAUUACCUGCUGAAUUUCGUGAUUAUAAAAUAAUCUUAGAUUAUAAAUAUACUUUUUUCCGUGCAACCCUGUGUGUGUAACCGUUAAUUAUUAUUACGAAUGUAAUGUAAAAACCAAAUAAAAUGCAUGCCGGCAAAGAGAAGAGGUUUGCAGGCAUAAUUCGAAUACAAUUUUUGUUCGAUAUUAGGCCUCUUCUAUUCCCCAUUUAACUUCCCCUUGAUUAACUUGACAAAAAAAUUGCGUGCGGAAGCAACAACAAAGUUAUCGUGUAAGAUUCUCCGCUAGCGAGUACGGCUAUACCUCAUUAAAUAGGUAUAACUCACUGCCUUGCAAACACUUGUAAUUUAAGGCAGCACUACUCCCGCGUUGCCAAUAUAUGUUCAUUUAUACCAGUUGCUUCAUCUAUACGCCACUUGCUAAAGCUUGGCGAAAAGAAGAGGCCUAUUAUUAAUUAUGCAUUCAUAUUACAGAAAAAAGCUUGUGUCCAAAGACGCUUCGGCCUGUUAUUGCUUAUUAUAAAAUGGCAUAUCGAAUUUCGCAUGCGCUGCUAUACAUUUUUUGCAGCCUCAGUAGACGUCGCUUACGGAUUUCUUCCAACUGCCUUUACUAGCAGCAAAUUGCGAAAUUAAAUGAGCUAACUAAAAUCAACUUCUCUUUGCCUUUAUUGAUAUCGUAAAUAAUAAUUGAACAGACCAGAAACACUAACAUAUUCCACCAAACCAAUUUCUAUGAAGACAGCUGAUUGUCAAUUUUGCACCUAAUCUGUCAUAUGUGAACGGAUGGAUAAAUUUUUGUAGAUUUAUUGCUGCAUAUGUGAACUUGCUUUUACUGAAGUGAAGUUGGAUAAAAAUUCGGCCAUAUACUUAACAUCGAGCCAACGACAUCAAACCGGCUAAUUGUGAUGGAUGGAAUCCGAGAGUCGUGCGAGCGACUAAAAAUAGCUAAACACUUUCUCGCUUUCAUUCAUUUUCUAAAGCACAAAAAGCGAACAAAAAGUUGUUAAUUUAAUUUCAAAUUAAAAAUUGUAAACGUAGCAUAAGCUUUGUUCCUACUUUGUUUAAAAAACAAACAAAAAAAUAUAUUUUUAGUUAAUAAUUUGAUUUGAUCAGAUUUUAUUUGAAAUUCUUCAGAGUUAAAAACAAAACAUUUUUAUUAAAUAAUGUGAUUGAAUUGGUUGAUUUUAUUCAAAAUCUUUGAGAGUUA